AUGGUAGUGUGGAAGGAGCACGCCGAGUCGGAGCAAACCAUAUUGGUAUGGAUAGUGAUGCUUUCGGUGCCUGCUUUAACAGUUUCGUGUAGAUUCACAUCGAAUGAUAUCGAGUAUGGAGUGGGCGUGGUGGUGAGUACUGUAGACGUGGAUACUGUAGAUGUGGAUACUGUAGAUGUGGAAGAUAAUGUUAGGAUAGGUUGCCACCAGGUAGGGUUGUCGUCAGAGCUGUAA